GCUCACUACACUUAAGUGCGUUAGUCGCAGGUGCUGGGUUUUCAAAGUGACUCUUCCUGAUUUAUUUUGGGGCGCUCUGAAUGCUGGGAUAUCUGGGAUAAAGGGGAAACGGAUCUAGGGAGUGAUACAGGAAACCAAAAACAGAGACAAGAGAGUUGGAUUUAAUCAGGGUAACCUGAAAGCCUGGAGACGACGUAAACAAAGCUUUUGUCUGCACAUUUCUGUUCCUUGGACUGGUGCAGGAAGAGACAGAUCCCAAAGAGACCCAUCAUAAUAACAGCUGCCAAGGAGCAAUGGAACUGGAGUUGUAAUUGGAGACCUCCUUGACAAUCGCAGCCUUCAAACUGUCUGCCGGCACCACAGCCUUGACCCAGAAUGCCACUCAAAUCCUCGUUGCACCUUAAAUCCCCGUCACCCCGCUGGAGUAAGAAGCAGAAGAGGAAGGAGGUGCUCUCGGUGAACAUGAUCAGCCUGCCCCUGGGUGACUUCCGUCACCUCUCCCACAUCGGAAGUGGGGGGAGCGGAGACACUUUCGGAGACCUCUCCUUCCUAAACAGAGGCCACAGCCUCCUGCUCAAGAGCUCCCAGAGUGAGCAGAACCUCCUGCUGGCCUGUGCCCCCCCACCCAAGCCCCCUCGGCUUAACCCAGAGGAGGACCGGUCUCGGGAGAGUACAGCCUGGGGGGACAUCUACUCCAGCCACAGACGACAGAUCUCCAGCUCUAUGCCUUUGCUGGACAGCGAAGAGCUGGACAAUCUUCAGCAUGAGGACCACAGCGACACCACAGACAAGCACAGCUUCAGCUCAGGGAGAGACACGGAGACAACACUGUCCUUUGAAGAGGACCCUCUGCCAGUGGAAGAGGAACCUGCCUUCUCUCUAAACCUUGACCUGGGUCCUUCAAUUCUGGAUGAUGUUCUUCAAGUAAUGGAAAAACAUCAGUGAAACUAACUAGAUAAAUUAACAGGGGUAUUAGGGCAGUAAAAAAUAUUAAAUCUCUUAAGAGGGCCGUUUUGCACAAUGUAUUGUAUAAAACAAUUAACCAAAUGCAGGAAGAAUUAACAUUAUAAGAAUAUAUUUAAGGAUCAUAAUGCAUAAAGGAAAACAGAUCAUUCACUUUAGAAUUUUAUACAAGGUACCCAAAAUGCAGAUAUAGGUACCUUUACCAUAGAAUGUAGAUUGAAUGAUUGAAUCCAAUGAACUGCUUGCAUUACAGUCAAUUUCCACUGACAUUCAGCAAGCAUUUCACAGACAUAUCUUAUAAAACACAAGCUAGAAGACACAAGUGGGAAAACCUUUCACUUCUUUACCCAAAGGGCUUUUAGAGUAUCUCAGUAAUGCGGCUAAAGAUGGCUUCUUUCAAGAAAUGGCUGGACAAGAUUCCCAGAUUAAUUAGCUUCUGACUACCAAUCGGGCUCAAUGGGCUGAAUGGCCUUCUCUCAUUCGUAAUCUUUCUUAGGUUUUAAAAUUCAGAUACCUACUUUUAAGAGAAUGUAGUGCAGACAACUGGACAAUCAGAACUGGAAUUACUGUAUGUAUUGACUUACUCAUAUUGUAUUACAAGAAAAAGCAUCACUUAACAGUUACUGGACAGAAGUGCAGUUUCAUUUUGUAAAAGAGGGAAUCUUUUGUUUAGCUGGAAAUUAGUCUGCACUCUGUUCCAAGAGCAAUGGAGACUCAAUAAGUUACUUUGUAAAUAUUCACACUUCGUCUGUUCUUUCCUCAGGCACAAAUAUCUGUCAAUUACAACAGUUCCAUAAGUGCAGAGUUUUUAAAAUGAAGUACUCUGAAAAAGAAAAAGCUAGUCAAUAGUAGCACCUGUAUCAUAGGAAUAAUCCAUAGGUUUCCAUUAGUUUCUAGAGAACUGUAGUGCUUAAAGUUUCUCUGCCCACAACAAUGCUGUUGAAUACAACUUGUUUGACUAGAACCAGGCAGGAGUGCACUUCAUUAUCUUGUCACUGUCUGGGUGUGUGAGCUGUAUGAAUGCAGUUCAAGUACAAAGCUAUUGACAAAGAGCACACAUAUGGCAUGCUUAACGUCACUGACAUUGGACUCAUUGGAAUGGACUCUGAAUGAAUAGCUGCUUACUUGGUUCAAUGAAUCACCGAUUUUAGAUGCUCAGGAGGACAAUUUAAAGUCUAGCAUUUACUGGACAUGUACAAAACAUAAAAAUGGUGUUUAGGAUUUUUAAACUUCUUUUAAAGCUAUAUAUACAGCCCCUGCAAACAGGAAUGCUUGGAGUUUAGGAAUGAAAUUACUGGAAGAGCCUAUGCAGAAGUUUUCUAAUCCCAGGUACCACGUAUUUAUGGUUAGAUACACAUUGUUAUAGAAAUAUGGGUAAGGGUUUUAUGUUUUUUAUAUUUAAAAAUAUAUAUAUAUAUUUAAACAAAAAGUUUACAGAAUGUUUUUGAAGCAAAAAAUUAUAGUCAAACAUUCUCAAAUAACAGACGCUAGUCCCAUUCAUAAUUACCUUGAAAAUUGAAGCGUUCUCCUUUCCUACCAUUUAAGGUCUUUAUUUUUGCACCAUAUAGAUUCUUCUAAGGACACCAAACUAUGAAAUACAACUACACAACUCAGCAGUUUAAAAGCCAACAAAAACUUCAUGCACAAACAUGAAAAUAUCCAAAGCUUUGAAGAGCACGUUCAAGUUGAUCGUGGCUGGCUCUGCGGUCUUCUAACUUAUCCCCUACUCCCAAAACCCUGUACUAGCAGCAUGCAAACAGCUACAAUUCUGACAACGAAAACAAAACAGGAACAGUACUUACUGAGCCACAAGAACAUUGAGAGCAGCUGUCUCCCAUCAUACACGUACAGUAUGAUAAUUAAGUCCCCCUAGAAGUCCUUUCAAAGUGUGAUAGUUCCUGAAAUAAAUACUUUUUGUUUCAUCAGUCAUAUGUUUAUUAUGUCUACAAAAAAUACGGGUAAAUACGUACAGUAUACUCACAAUGGUUACUCACAAUGGAUUAAAUACUGUACGGAAAGAUUAUAGAUCAGGCUGGUUUGGGAGAACCCCAAAAUGGGAGAUUUUAUAGAUCACUCUAAAUCACUCAUUUUUAAAGAUUGGAAACACCGUUAAUUUUUGAUCAACUAAGGACAUGUGUUAAAUUAAGGAAACUUUCAUCCUUGAGGAUAUCCUUACGUCAAAUUAUCUGUGUAUUCAUUUUAAAUAUGUAAUAAAUCAUUUGCUAU